UUAGUGAUAAUUCAUCCUUUAUUUAUUUUAAGUGAGGGACCAAAUGGAGAGCUACUGGUCAUGACUCUGAAACUAUGGAAAGCAGAAAUGGUCCUUCUGCCACUAGAAGAGGGUAUGGUUCAACCCCAAAUACAAAUCCACGGGCGGCUACCCAUCAACAACAAGGUCCUUCUGCCACUGGAAGAGGGUAUGGUUCAACCCCAAAUACAAAUCCACGGGCGGCUAGCCAUCAACAACGAGGUCCGUCUGCCACUGGAAGAGGGUAUGGUUCAACCCCAUAUAGAAAUCCACAGGAGGCUUACCAUCAACAACAAGGUCCUUCUGCCACUGGAAGAGGGUAUGGUUCAACCCCAUAUACAAAUCCACAGGAGGCUUACCAUCAACAACAAGGUCCUUCUGCCACUGGAAGAGGGUAUGGUUCAACCCCAUAUAGAAAUCCACAGGAGGCUUACCAUCAACAACAAGGUCCUUCUGCCACUGGAAGAGCGUAUGGUUCGACCACAAAUACAAAUCCAUGGGCGGCUACCCAUCAACAACAAGGCCCUUCUGCCAUUGGAAGAGGGUAUGGUUCAACCCCAUAUACAAAUCCACAGGAGGGUUACCAUCAACAACAAGGUCCUUCUGCCACUGGAAGAGGGUAUGGUUCAAGCCCAAAUACAAAUCCACGGGCGGCUAGCCAUCAACAACAAGGUCCUUUUUCCACUGGAAGAGGGUAUGGUUCAACCCCAUAUACAAAUCCACAGGAGGCUUACCAUCAACAACAAGGUCCUUCUGCCACUAGAAGAGGGUAUGGUUCAACCCCAAAUACAAGUCCAUAGGCGACUUUCCAUCAACAAGAAGGCCAACAUAAUACUGCCAGCACCAGUACUAAGUCAACGCACAGCAUUCCUGGGAAAAAAGGUUGUUAGUUAUCUCUAUCAUCAGCUAUAUAUGCAUUACGGCAUGGUGUUAGAUGGAUUCAUUGAUCUCAAGCAUGUUGACUCUGGUUCACAUAUCAGUACAAUGAAUUGGAAUCUGAUCAACAAUUCCCCGUCUUAUCUGACAUUAAGGAAGAGAAACAUUGCCCACGCGGAUCAUGAACAUGGACCUCAUAUGCCGGUAUCCACUAGUUCCGACCUCCUUGUGACUCGUUGUCUCCACAAUCCACCAUAUACUUCGCUGCUUCUGUGCACCGCUCAUUGCUCGCCCUUGCUGCUCACACUUGUCUCCUUCGUUUUUCGCCGAUCUGUCUCUUUCUACCACUGCAGGAAGCUAUUCAUUCAUCUUCAGGUUGUUUUCCCCACUGGGGUUUUUCUUCCUGUAGAUUUUGAUUUGAAUACUCCUCCACAAUAUUCUGAAGAACAGGUUGCAGUUUCAGUUCAGCUCACGGCAGUUGAAAGUCUCUCUUUGCCUAAAAUUCUUACUGUUGAGAACUUCAAGAAGGCUGGUCUCCAUAUGGCUAGUGAAAGAAUUGUGGCUGAUACGGACCCAUCCAGACUUCAAAGGAUAAGAGAAUCCAAGAAAGCAAAAGUGUAA